AAAACAACAAAGUGUGGGACUUAGUUGAUUGGAGAGGGUCUAAAAACGUAAAAAACCUCACAAUCAACGUUGUAAUUAUCUCAUGUGAAAAAAGAAAUUAAUUUAAUGAAUAGUGUUUGUUGAGAUCAUCAUCAUCAUGUAUAAAUGUGUCUAAUUAUUCACUCGAACUAACAAGAAAGAAAGCUCCAAUAAUUCACCCAUAGAUAUCAUCUACUCUCACUAAGCAUAGCUUUUACAUGGAUUGCAACAUAGAACCACAAAAAUCCAUCAAUGAGAUUUGGUUCAAUUCUCCCGGCGAUCAUCAAAAUCAUCAGCCUAGCUAUAAUGUCGUCCACGCCGGCGAACCGAAUUUUGAAAAUCAUACCGGUCAACAACAAUUGAGUGUUAAUGAUUACGAUCAUCAGUCCGGCCAGCAAAACAGUCCUCUGGAACGCGGAAAUCCGGCAGCUGGUCAUAACGGCCUUCCGGCCGAGAAACUUCAUCAAACUUUCUCUUUGGCAUCGUUGGAGCUGCUCAACAACUACGGCAAAGGGUUCAGGAAUGCUCUCGGCGGCAUCACCCGGGAAGAAAAACUCAGAAAAAUUAGUAGUAACAACGGCGGCGAAGGCGGCGGCGGAGGAAGCGGCAGUAGUAAUAUUGAAGGAAGCAAAAAGUUGGCAUUGGGAAACAUAAUGAAAGUCGCCGGAGAACAGUUCAUCCAGUUUUCAACCCAGCAAGUUGACGGAUUUUCCACGUCGAUUCACCCCUACGCGCCCUCCGUCAUCACGUCGGAGCUUUCGUCAUCGGAAAUGGCUGACGUGGAGCUGGUCCAGUUCCUUCUGUUGGCAGCCGAGUGUGUGGGUCACAAACAGUAUGACCUGGCAAGCUCCCUCAUCAACCGGUGUUUAUGGGUCGCGUCCGACUCCGGCAACCCGACCCAGAGGAUCGUGUUUUAUUUCGCGGAAGCCCUCCAAUGGAGGAUCGAGAUCGAAACCGGAAGAACGACGAUCGAAGAUCUGAACCGUCGAUCUUCUUACGCGAGAAGUUUACAAUUGGAUUUCAACGUCGCUUUCGUGGCUUGCCAUCAGGCUCUCCCGUUCAUCCAAGCCACCCAAUUCGCCGCCGUGCAGGCCGUGUUGGACUACCUGAAAUCCGCCAAUAAAAUCCACAUAAUCGAUCUCCAUAUCCGGAGCGGCGUGAAUUGGACGGUCCUGAUGCAAGCACUGGUGGAUCAGGAGACCCCGCCGGUGAUCCGAAUCACGGCCGUCGCCACCGCCACGAACAAGGGCAACGUGGAGGAGGCCGGGAAGAGGUUAGUCGAGUUUGCUCGGUCGAUGGACCUGCCGGGAUUUUGUUUCAACACGGUGGUGGUUGAGGACAUGAAAGAGUUGAAAGAAGAUAUGUUCCGGAGAGAACCGGAGGAAGCCGUGGCGGUUUACGCCUCGAUGGUGUUCAGAACCAUGCUUUCUAGACCGGACAGCUUGGCUAGUGUGAUGAAAGUGAUGAGGAGGCUUAAGCCGGCGGUGGUGGUGGUCAACGAGGUAGAAGCGAACCAUAAUUCUCCAUCAUUUGUGACCCGGUUUACGGAAUCCCUCUUCUUCUACACCGCAUUCUUCGACUGCCUGGAGGAUUGUAUGGGAAGGAAAGACGAUGACCGGAAAAUCAUCGAGGGGCUGUAUUUCGGAGAAGGGAUUCGAAACAUGGUUGCGACGGAGGGAGAAAACCGGUGCACCCGAAACGUGACCAUGGAGGUGUGGAGAGAAUACUUCGGGAGGUUUGGAUUGACGGAGAUCGAGAUCGGCAAAGAUUCGAUCCGUCAGGCAAAGUUGAUCCUCAAACGGUUUGGGAAAACGGGUGCCGAAGAGAAGUGUAAUUUGGAAGAAAAUGGGAAAGGAAUUGUAAUUGGAUGGAAAGGAACUCCUAUUCAUUCUCUUACGACUUGGAAGUUCGUUUAAUUGUACUUGUAUUUGUUCAGCAUCAUGCAUCAUGAUCGAUCAUGGUUGAUUUCAAUUUUGUGUGGCGUUAUUAGAGAUAUUUUGAUGCGCAGGAUGACGGUCAAUAUCAACUGAAAAGUACAUAAUGUCCAAAAAUAUAGUUUACAUCGAGUUUUAAAAUUUGUAAUAUUAAAUAAAAACAAU